GCAUAGAAUGGGUCCUCAGGUCAUCAGGGUCCCUCAUCUAGGGUCCCUCAUAGGGUCCCUAAGGGUCCUCUUGCUGCAUACUCCUUCCUGGGGUUUGGCUGCAGAUGUCUGUUGCCCCCAGACUCAGAAGAGCCUCUCUAGGACCCAGGGGCUGUGUGUGCCACCCUUCUCCGCUGAGCCAGCCCAGGCUCCCAGUCCAAGGCCAGGCUGCUAUCUCGGUGAUCAGUUGGUAAGCAGGACAUUAGUGGGCACGUGCUCUGCCUCCCACCCCAUUCAGGGACCUUGCUCACCAGCCGUGGGCGGUUUGGGCCGACCUCCUGGCCUUCUCCCUGCUCUGGGCCCAGCCUAUAAAACCACCCUGUGUGUCCCCACCGACCCUGGCCCCCUCCCGACACCCAGAGCCACUAUGGCAGAGCUGCCAGUGUCAGAGACACCCAGGGACCCUGCUCUGUGCAGUGGGCGCUUCACCAUCAGCACGUUGCUGGGGGGUGAUGAGCCCCCACCACCGGCUGCCUAUGACAACAGCCACCCCAGCCACCUGACCCAUGGCAGCACCUUCUACAUGCGCACCUUUGGCUACAACACUAUCGACGUGGUUCCUGCCUACGAGCACUAUGCCAACAGCACCCUGCCCGGUGAGCCUCGUAAGGUCCGGCCCACGCUGGCCGAUCUGCAUUCCUUCCUCAAGCAGGAAGGCAGCCACCUGCACGCCCUGGCCUUUGACAGCCGGCCCAACCGUGAGAUGACUGAUGGGCUGGUGGAGGAUGAGACAGGCACCAAUGGCGAGAAGAACCCCGAGGAGCCCGUGCGCUUUGGCUGGGUCAAGGGAGUGAUGAUCCGUUGCAUGCUCAAUAUCUGGGGUGUGAUCCUCUACCUGCGGCUCCCCUGGAUCACGGCCCAGGCGGGCAUUGUCCUGACCUGGAUCAUCAUCCUGCUCUCAGUCAUGGUGACCUCCAUCACCGGCCUCUCCAUCUCGGCCAUCUCCACCAAUGGCAAGGUCAAGUCAGGUGGUACCUACUUCCUCAUCUCCCGGAGUCUUGGCCCAGAGCUUGGGGGUUCCAUCGGCCUCAUUUUUGCUUUCGCCAACGCUGUGGGUGUGGCCAUGCACACUGUGGGCUUCGCAGAGACAGUGCGGGACCUGCUCCAGGAAUAUGGCUCACCCAUCGUGGACCCCACCAAUGACAUCCGCAUCAUCGGCGUGGUCACCGUCACUGUGCUGCUGGCCAUCUCCCUGGCUGGCAUGGAGUGGGAGUCCAAGGCCCAGGUGCUCUUCUUCCUCGUCAUCAUGGUCUCUUUUGCCAACUACCUGGUGGGGACGCUGAUCCCCCCAUCCGAGGACAAGGCCUCCAAAGGCUUCUUCAGCUACCGGGGGGACAUUUUUGUCCAGAACCUGGUGCCUGACUGGCGGGGCAUGGAUGGCAGCUUCUUUGGGAUGUUCUCCAUCUUCUUCCCUUCAGCCACGGGCAUCCUGGCAGGAGCCAACAUCUCCGGGGACCUCAAGGACCCUGCUGUAGCCAUCCCCAAGGGAACGCUCAUGGCCAUUUUCUGGACCACUGUCUCCUAUCUGGCCAUCUCGGCCACCAUCGGUGCCUGUGUGGUUCGCGACGCCUCCGGGGUCCUGAAUGACACAGUGACUCCUGGCUCGGGGGCCUGCGAGGGGCUGGCCUGUGGCUAUGGCUGGAACUUUACCGAGUGCACCCAGCACCACAGCUGCCGCUAUGGCCUCAUCAACUACUACCAGACCAUGAGCAUGGUGUCAGGCUUUGCACCCCUGAUCACCGCCGGCAUCUUUGGGGCCACCCUCUCCUCAGCCCUGGCCUGUCUCGUCUCUGCCGCCAAAGUCUUCCAGUGCCUGUGUUUGGACCAGCUAUACCCGCUGAUCGGCUUCUUCGGCAAAGGCUACGGCAAGAACAAGGAGCCAGUGCGCAGCUACCUGCUGGCCUACGCCAUCGCUGUAGCCUUCAUCAUCAUCGCUGAGCUCAACACCAUCGCCCCCAUCAUCUCCAACUUCUUCCUGUGCUCCUACGCCCUCAUCAACUUCAGCUGCUUCCAUGCCUCCAUCACCAACUCACCUGGGUGGAGACCCUCGUUCCGAUACUACAGCAAGUGGGCAGCACUGUUUGGAGCGGUCAUCUCUGUGGUCAUCAUGUUCCUUCUCACCUGGUGGGCGGCCCUCAUUGCCAUCGGCGUCGUCCUCUUCCUCCUGCUCUACGUGAUUUACAAGAAGCCAGAGGUGAACUGGGGCUCCUCGGUACAGGCCGGCUCCUACAACCUGGCCCUGAGCUACUCAGUGGGUCUCAAUGAGGUGGAGGACCACAUCAAGAACUACCGCCCUCAAUGCCUGGUGCUCACGGGGCCCCCCAACUUCCGCCCAGCCCUGGUGGACUUUGUGGGUACCUUCACCCGAAACCUCAGCCUGAUGAUCUGUGGCCACGUGCUCAUUGGACCCCGCAAACAGAGGAUGCCUGAGCUCCAGCUCAUCGCCAACGGGCAUACCAGGUGGCUGAACAAGAGGAAGAUCAAGGCCUUCUACUCCGACGUCAUUGCCGAGGACCUCCGCAGUGGUGUCCAGAUUCUCAUGCAGGCCGCAGGUAUAGGGAGAAUGAAGCCCAACAUCCUGGUGGUCGGAUUCAAGAAGAACUGGCAGUCAGCUCACCCGGCCACAGUGGAAGACUACAUCGGCAUUCUGCAUGAUGCUUUUGAUUUCAACUAUGGUGUGUGUGUCAUGAGGAUGCGUGAGGGGCUUAACAUCUCCAAGGUGAUGCAGGCGCACAUUAACCCUGUAUUUGACCCAGCGGAGGACGGCAAGGAAGCCAGCACCGGCAGGGUCAGGUCAUCUGUCUCUGGCACAUUGGAUCCCGAGGCCCUGGUGCGGGAGGAGCAGGCCAGCACCAUCUUCCAAUCAGAGCAGGGCAAGAAGACCAUUGACAUCUACUGGCUGUUCGAUGAUGGAGGCCUCACCCUCCUCAUCCCGUAUCUCCUCGGUCGCAAGAAGAGAUGGAGCAAAUGCAAGAUCCGCGUGUUCGUGGGAGGCCAGAUCAACAGGAUGGACCAGGAGAGAAAGGCAAUCAUUUCUCUGCUGAGCAAGUUCCGGCUGGGAUUCCACGAAGUUCAUGUUUCUCUGCUGAGCAAGUUCCGGCUGGGAUUCCACGAAGUUCAUGUCCUUCCUGACAUCAACCAGAAGCCGCGGGCUGAGCACACCAAGCGGUUUGAGGACAUGAUUGCGCCCUUCCGCCUGAAUGAUGGCUUCAAGGAUGAGGCCACUGUCACCGAGAUGAGGCAGGACUGCCCCUGGAAGAUCUCAGAUGAGGAGAUUAACAAGAAUCGAAUCAAGUCCCUUCGGCAGGUGAGGCUGAACGAGAUUCUGCUGGAUUACUCCCGAGACGCCGCUCUGGUCAUCAUCACCUUGCCCGUUGGGAGGAAGGGGGAGUGCCCGAGCUCGCUCUACAUGGCCUGGCUGGAGACGCUGUCCCAGGACCUCAGACCCCCAGUCGUCCUGAUCCGAGGAAACCAAGAAAACGUGCUCACCUUUUACUGCCAGUAACUCUAGGCUUGGCCACAUCUUCCCAAAGCCGGAUGCAUGGGGCAUCCACCUGUCCACAGGGACAGGGCGUGUGCCCUGUUGCGCUUUAAGCCGUAACAUCUGAUGAGCUGACUGAAGAAGCUGGUUGAUUUCCAAACUUCGGCUGGACCCCACUGCCAUGGGACACGUCCUCUGGGCUUUGCUUUUAUGGGCUGGAGAAGUUGCAGAUGGAGUUCUCUAGAAAACCCCCUGGUGGAUCCAUGUUCCUUUUACAUUUUCUUUUGCUCUUGAUUACAACACAUUAAGAUUUCAGUCUUUGAUUUGUGUACAAAUUUGAGUCAGAGUGCUGGUGAAUCUUGGCAGUUUCUGCCCACCUUUCCUGAGAGCACCCCCAACCAUGUCUCCCCCUCUAAGUUCAGGAGAAUGGGUGCCCCACCUGCAGCCCUUACAGGAGGAACACAGGGCUCAUUGAGCAUCCAUAAUAAUGCAAAUUUCUUUAACCACUCUCACUUCCUUCAGUUUCAAUAACAUGUCUUCAGUGUUUUGGUUGGUUCUUUAGUAGACCAGGGACUUUUAAACUUUGGGCUGCUGCAACCCACAGUAAAAUCUAUUCUACUCUGAGACUUGAAAUGAACACAGUGAAACUGAAGUGUCACAGAGCAAGCCUCAUUCCUACUAUGAACGACACACUCUGGUGUUUUCUAUUCUGGUUCUUUUUCUCCUUUUAAUGUUGGUUGCAAUUCACUAAAAUGAGUUUGGGACCCACUAAUGGGUGGUGAACCACUACAUGAAAAACAUGGCUUAGACUUUCUUCUGUGCCCUGUGUUUUUCUACACAACAGGGGGCCCAUCUAAUUUGUGGAAAGGCCAUGUUGGGCAUCACAGCCAUUUCCCCAGCUCAUCCCACAGGGAAGGAAAGGGAACUUACGAAACACCUUAAGGAGGGGUUUAGAUGGCAGGUGUGUCAAGAAAGAACUUCAAAGGAGGGGCAAAGUUUAGGAAGUCUUGUGGAAGGGUGUUAAAUUCCAGGCUUGGAUGGGGAUGGAGGAUGGAGGUCUGGUUAAGGAUGCAGGUUUGGUGGGUCAGGGAUGAGAAAGCAGAGAGAUGGAUGUACAGAUGGCAAGAUUGGGCAAAGAAUCAGAAAGGUCCAAACUCACCCCAGGGCUGGGUGGAAGGAUAGGGGAGGAGGAACCACCAGUAAGAGAUGGAAAUGGAGCAAGUGGCAGAGGGGGCUGCAGUAGAGGGAUGUAAGAUGGGGGUCAGAGGUGAGAGAACCUGGGGGAGGUGAACCUUGCUCAAGUAAGGGUAUUCAGGUUACUAUGGAUGGAACCCCUCCCCCCCCCCAGAGUAUUUGCACAAACCACCUGGGAUGUGGGAGAUGUGCAUUAAGAGAUGUCCAAAGCCAGUGGGCGUGGCUCUCUGAAAGGGCAUUUCAGCCUUAGACAAACCCAAGCAGUAGAAAGAUGAGUUGCUGGGGAUUCAACUGGCUGGGCCUUCUUCCAUUAGCACUUGGGUGGCCAAGGAAUCGCUGGGUCUGGUUGGCCCCCUCCAAGCGCACUGAAGCACCCACUUAGUCAUAAAAGCAAAAGACUCUUUCUUGGGGUUGGGAUUCAAAGGACUUCAGCAUUCAUUCCAGGCCCUAGGCUCCCAGGCUGUUAUAAGCCCCACUAUUUUGUUACCAUGUCAGAUCUUGCUGAGAAAGACCAAGUGCCUGACUGAGCUCCUGAAGGUUGGAGAGGGGGGCUGCCUCUGAGCCAAUCACUGGACCUGGAUCAACCCCAACUCCAGAUAAGGCAAAGCCUCCAUCAGGGAAUGCUUGCCUUUCUAAAACUAUACGGAAAACCAUUUCCUGGCGAAUGGGUGCUCACUCUUCUGACCUCAGGGAAACACUAAGCCAAGAACAGAGAAUGCUUUGGCUUCAGGAAUUUAAACAAUUUUUUUUCACUAUGUUGGAAACCAAAUUUUGAACAAUGAUGAUAGCUUUGUCUAAAAAAAAAAAA